AGCGUUGCAGUGUCGUCGUCGUAUGAUUUAACAAAAAAUAAAAUACAAUACAUGUAACGAUUUUAUAACUACAUGACGUGUGAAGUGAAUUGUGCGAAAAGAUGCAUUCAAAAACAUUUCGUAGUAAAACCCUUCGACAUUUAUUCCAUAAAUUUUUAAGCAGCCCAACAGAUACUGAAAAAGAAAAGCCUGAUAGAAUAGGCAAUCCUAACAUAGAGGCGGUUGCGUCUCAAGCUAGUCCAGUGCCAACACCACCUCCAGAUCCUAUCAGGCCUACUCCACAAAUUCCAGACACUGAUGUGCCAACUGCUAAAAUAUUUGUUGCACUUUAUGACUAUGAUGCACGUACAGAUGAAGAUUUAAGCUUCAGAAAAGGCGAACAUCUAGAGAUUCUAAACGAUACUCAAGGGGAUUGGUGGCUGGCUAGGAGUAAAAGAACUCGAAAGGAAGGAUAUAUUCCCAGCAAUUAUGUUGCAAAGUUACAGUCUAUUGAAGCAGAACCAUGGUACUUUAGAAAGAUCAAACGAAUUGAAGCAGAGAAAAAGUUGUUAUUACCUGAAAAUGAUCAUGGUGCAUUUUUAAUAAGAGAUUCUGAAAGUCGACAUAAUGACUAUUCUCUUUCAGUACGCGAUGGUGACACAGUUAAACACUAUCGCAUUAGACAAUUGGAUGAAGGUGGUUUCUUCAUUGCUAGGAGAACUACAUUCAGGAGCCUUCAAGAUCUUGUUGAACAUUAUAGUAAAGAUGCUGAUGGGCUCUGCGUAAGUCUCUGCAAACCCUGUGUACAGGUUGAGAAACCUGUUACUGAGGGUCUAAGCCAUCGCACACGGGAUCAAUGGGAGAUUGAUCGUUCGUCUCUCAAAUUUGUGAGGAAACUGGGUCAAGGCCAAUUCGGAGAAGUAUGGGAGGGAUCAUGGAAUAACACAACUGCGGUAGCAAUAAAGACGCUCAAGCCAGGGACCAUGGAUCCUAAAGACUUCUUAGCGGAAGCACAAAUCAUGAAGAAACUUCGUCAUGCAAAAUUGAUUCAACUCUACGCUGUUUGCACUUUGGAAGAACCUAUUUAUAUUAUUACCGAAUUGAUGAGGAAUGGUAGUUUGUUAGAAUAUUUGCAAGGAAAAGGCAAAACUUUAAGUUUGCAACGAUUAAUCGAUAUGGCUGCACAAAUUGCAGCUGGUAUGGCGUAUCUCGAGUCACAGAAUUACAUUCACAGAGAUUUAGCUGCUCGUAACGUUUUAGUAGCCGAACUGAAUGUUGUGAAAAUCGCAGACUUUGGUUUAGCUAGGUUGAUCAAAGAAGACGAGUAUGAAGCUCGAGUAGGAGCUCGGUUUCCUAUUAAGUGGACUGCACCUGAAGCUGCGAACUACAGUAAAUUCAGUAUUAAAUCCGAUGUGUGGUCAUUUGGUAUUCUUCUUACUGAAUUGGUCACUUAUGGCAGAAUACCUUAUCCGGGUAUGACAAAUGCUGAAGUGCUUCAUCAAGUAGAACAUGGAUAUAGAAUGCCAUGUCCACCUGGUUGUCCGAAUGCAUUAUAUGAUAUUAUGUUAGAAUGUUGGAACAAAGAUCCAAUGAAAAGGCCAACAUUCGAAACGCUUCAAUGGAAGCUUGAAGAUUUCUUUACCAUGGAAGGCUCUGAGUACAAGGAAGCGUCUGCAUAUUGAAGCACUAAAUGGAAGCACUAUCUUUUG